AUGAUCAAAUUUAUUUUCCAUAUUGAAAAACUAUUAGUAGCUAAUGAAGAAUAUCCCUAUAAUUAUCAACCUAAAUUCCAUAUUAGAUAUAGCAUAUAAUUAAUGUAAAAUUAAUUAAUGAUCAUGUCAAAUAAAUUAAGAAUAUAAUUAUUCACAUUAAUUAAUGAAUCAUUUUAAGUUGAAUUUCCAAUAUCCAUUUUAAAACUACAUUAAAACUUAAAAUAUUUGAAGUUCAUAUUGAUGAAAUAUUUAGAUUUUGUAUAUUUCUAGACUAAAAAAGUAACUUGGAUUCUUUAUUAUACAAUCUAAUAAAGCAGGUAUGGAAUUAAUUUAUAGAACCUUCAAAGAAAAUCAUAGCUUUAAGUUAACAUUUGA